AUGGAUGAACUUAAGGAAUUGUCCAGUUUCGAGGAGUGCCUAUCAUGGAUAGAUGCAAUCGUGACACUGUGCAAGAGUAUAGAUAACACAUGUUCAAAAUUAGAUCACAAUUUUCCAUCUGAGUAUAAUUUGAACGGGCUGUGCUCUUAUAUGAGGAUUCACAACGAUGAUAGCGCAGUUACAUCGAAUACGUCGAGUAUCGAUGAGGGCUACAACACAGAGUAUGAGGAAUCAGUGAGGGAGCAUUUACGAAGCAUAAUCAAUGAUCUGAAAAACAAGAACAACCCACAGUUGGUGUAUAGCUACGGCACAGGCCUGAUCGGACAAAAAAUGGAGGAGCCGGGUGUCAUCAGGAGAACAGAGUAUCCACAAAUGAACAGAGAUAGGCCGUAUAAAUUAACAAUUAGAGGGAGAUCAAGAAAGGACAUGAACAGCAUAGAUUUCCACAGAACGUAUCAAAUGGAAUCAGAGAUUCUGAAAAGACUGAACGUAGGAGAAAGGAUUUGCAUAUUCAGAGUUAGCUCAAGUUUGUACGACAUGGAGGUGGAAAAAAACACAGCCGAAUACGAUUUCUUGCUCGAUAUGCCCUUUAUGAUUAAGCCUGAUACCAACAUGAAGGAGGCACAUUACAGAUCUGAUGUGGCAGGCGUAUAUUGGGAUAAGAGAUCUUGGAUUGCAUCCUGGUACGUGGAGGGCAAAAGACAGUACAAAAGCUUUUCCUGUAAGCUGUAUGGCUUUUACAGGUCUAAAUACUUGGCCAUACAAACCAGGCUUUCGAACAUUUAUCCGAUUGACUUCAAGGCACUGAAACGGCACUGA